AAAAAUGUAUAUUUUUCUUCUUUUAUCUGUUUUUUCUCUUUGAGUACCACAAAUAAAUCAUGAUUUGCGCCGUUGUCUUUUUGUCUUCGUAAAAAUCCUAAAUUCCACUGGGAGGGAGUAUUUUGCUUCCAAGCCACAAAAACCGCACAAAAGACAAAACGAACAGAAAGUAUACUUUUAUUCGCAAUUUUGGACGUCCUACAAUUAAGGCCUUCCUUCCUGUCUUCUUCUCUCUUCGAACACAAAACAAACUAAACGCCACCGAUCAAACAGAUCUUACCCAAAAGAAAAAUAGGUCUUUCUCCCCUUGACCAUCCGUCUCCUUCUCUAUGGAAACCAAAUCCAGAUUUUUCUGAAAGAAAAGAAAAUAAAAAAAAUCUCUCUUUCUACAUUGCCUCUUUCUUCUCCCUACCAUCUCUCUCCCCCCGUCGUCCCACUCCCCAGUGUGGUGCAAUGGCCGACAGGAAAUUAAUGGUGAUGAUCAACUGGGACGGGUUGGGAGAGGAUGACGAUCAAUUCUUCGAGUCCUUCGAUCGGAUGUCCUCCGCAUUGGCCAUGGACAUGAUGGCUUCUUCUGGCUCUGAUGACGAUGAGGACCAAGACUACGACGACAACCGCAUCUCUUUUGCUUCAUGUAUUUCAGCAGCUCCACCGGAGGAAUUCCGUGGCUUCACCAGAACAGCAGCACCCAGCAGAAGAAUCACUCAAAUGUCUGAAGAUUACGAUAUGUGGAUAUCCGAACCAGGGUCCAUCCAGGAGCGCCGCAAACGUCUUCUCCAAGGCAUGGGCUUGGCCGGCUCUGCCUCCAUUAAACAAGGCUUAUGUCUACGUUCGCCCUCUGUAACCAAGGUCUCCACCACAAAAAUCGGAGAACAACAACAAGAACCAAAACAAAAACAAAGGCAAAUUCAACCUUCACCCUCUCCUUUGUUGAUUCCUUCUACUUCCAUUGUUCGAUCAAAAUCGGAUGGAAAUGUGGCAUCUUCUUUCAUGAUUGCCCAACAAAGAAUGGAGGAUCUUCUUGGUGGAUCAUUGAAGAAGCAUCGUCUUCUCCGAACCGCUUCCGGAGACCGCAAAACGCAGUUACAGAGCCCUAACUCUGCUAAUCUUUCUCUGGAUCGAUGUGGAAGCCGUGCAAAUGCCUCGCUUUCAUCUCUAUCACUAAAUGGGAGAGGUAGUGGAUUUGUUGUGAUAAAGAAUCUGGAUACAGGAAAGGAGUUCAUCGUCAAUGAAUUUGAUAAUGAAGGCAUGUGGAACAGACUCAAAGAUCUCCAAACAGGGAAGCAACUGUCCAGAGAGGAAUUCGAGAAGAGUGUAGGGUAUUCCCCAAUCGUUAAGGAGUUGAUGCGGAGAGAAAAUGUGUCUAGAGAUCUAAGCAUGGUAGCCACUGAGAGGAAGGCCAGUAUGAAUCUACAGAAUCUAAAUCCCAUCAUUGGAAGGAGCUUGAGGAACAGCAAGAGAAGAGGAGCUGCAUGGUUGAAGAACAUAAAAGGUGUGGCCAAUACGGUAACCGGACUGAUCGGCGACACGGAGCAACGGUCGGUGAAGAACCCUUCACAAUGGACCAAAGUCCGUCAACAGGGGAAAUCCUAUAAGGAGCUUACAGGGUUAUAUAUGUCCCAAGAAAUCCAAGCUCAUCAAGGUUCGAUUUGGACAAUUAGGUUUAGCUUCGAUACCCAUUACCUUGCGAGCGCAGGAGAAGAUCGUGUGAUUCAUAUAUGGGAAGUGAUGGAUUGCGAUGUGAUGUCGUCAGCUUCGAGGUCGCCAGAAGAAGGGAGAUCCUGUUCCAGUACCCCAAUCCAUCCCAUGGCUAGUGCAAUUGUUGCCAGCCAGCAAGAUCGAUUACCUCUAGGAGAGGCUCAAGUGAUGCCAUCGGAGAAGAAGAGGAAAGGGAAGCUGUCGUCCAGCAGCAAGAAGGGUGGAAGAGUCCCUGACUAUGUGAUGAUGCCAGACACUGUUUUCUCCCUCUCGGAGAAGCCUGUUUGCUCUUUCCAAGGUCAUCUAGAUGAUGUCUUGGACCUCUCUUGGUCCAAAUCUCAGCAAUUACUUUCUUCUUCGAUGGACAAAACUGUUAGGCUCUGGGACAUGGAAAGCAAGACUUGUUUGAAGCUGUUUGCGCACAAUGAUUAUGUUACUUGUAUACAAUUUAACCCAAUAGAUGAUAGCUACUUCAUCAGUGGUUCAUUGGAUGCAAAGGUUAGAUUAUGGAGUAUACCGGAUAGACAAGUUGUUGACUGGACUGAUCUUCAUGAAAUGGUCACGGCUACUUGCUACACUCCUGAUGGACAGGGUGCAUUGGUAGGUUCACAUACAGGGAGUUGUCGUUUAUACAACACAUCCGAAUGUAAAUUGAACCAGAAAGGUCAAAUAGAUAUCCAUACCAAAAAGAAGUCUGGGAAAAAGAUUACUGGCUUCGAGUUUGCCCCAACUAAUCCAUCUGAGGUGUUGAUAACCUCUGCCGACUCAAGAAUCCGGAUAUUCGAUGGUUCUGAUAUCAUUCACAAAUUCAGAGGUUUCCGCAAUACAAGUAGUCAAAUAUCUGCAGCAUUCACUGCUGAUGGAAAAUAUGUUGUUAGUGCAAGUGAAGAUUCUCAAAUAUAUAUGUGGAAGCGAGACGAGAUAAAAAAUAUAGGUGGUGGUGGUGGAAAAAGCAAGGGUAUGAUUACUACACGGUCUCACGAGCAAUUCCAUUGCAAAGAUGUUUCAGUUGCAAUUCCAUGGCCUGGUUGUUCUACAAAGUAUGAACCACCGACGUUGCCAUUGCAAUCAAAGAGACACUCAAAACGUUCAAUUUUGCCAUUACUUCCACCUUCAGGGGUCUCAAGUUUAAACCUUGAGGAAAUUGCAGGCAUGGUGAGCAACAACAGUAGAAAAAAUCUUCCACCUCUUCCUAAUAAGAAGAACAACAGCAUUUUAGAGAGAGCCUCAUCUAGUGUAGUAGAUGAGAGGCUCAGUAAAACACCUUCUAGGACAGACUCCGGCAUUAGUGCGAGCUCCUCAUUUAGUUCAGAUUCUGGUUAUAUGAAAUAUGGUGAUUCACCUUCCAGUUCUGGUUUAGGCAAAUCUUCAUCCUCGUCUUCAACUUUGUCAUGGCUUGAUGGUGGUAGUAGCCACAGCACUGGGAAUAAUUGUAUACAAGCAACAGCUUGGGGUCUUGUAAUUGUGGCAGCAGGGUUGGGUGGUGAACUUAGAAUAUAUCAAAACUUUGGGCUACCAAUUCGGUUAAGUCGCCAAAGCAAUCUCUUCAGAGACCAUACAUAAAUGAGUCUUUAAUUAAUAGAGAAGGAGAGACCUUUUUUUUUCUUUUUCUCUUUAUUUUCGGGGAUGGGAGGACUUGUAUAUGUGUAUGAUAUAUAUAGUUGUUAUUAGCAAAGAAAAAAAAAAAAAGAUCAUACAAAAUGUAGAGUUUAGAAGAGCAAUUUUCCCCCCUUUCUCUCUAUAAUUGACUGAACUAUUACAUCUGA